AUGGCAGUACUGAAGAUCCAAAGCAUCGUUGCCGUCUCAGAAGACCUCCAGAUCACCCACCUCCCCUUGCUGCACUGGAAGGCCAAGCUGAAGCGCGUCGCCGUGGAAGGCGACAGCCUCUUACAUGUGCACAAGAAGAAAACCUUGGAACGCAGCACCACAGCAGAGAAGAAGCCGAGCACGCUGCAAAGGUUCGAGAGGCUUGCUGAUGGCGCGGAUAGCUUCUUCAGGCUGGUGGUUGAGUCCAGCGGUCGUCAUCUGGAGCGGAGCGUGCCGUCCUCGCCAUCGCUGACCCAAUCUUUGCUUGCCGGCAACUCGGUGGAGUUCUGCCUCCAAAGACCCGGCACCGGCAGCAGCGACCUUGUGCUGCUGUGGCCAUGGCUGGAUCCGGACGCCGAGGACGAACUGCAGGCGUAUCUCAUGGUGGCGCGUGAGGAUGAGGUGACGUGGCAGAGAAACCUGAAGAUGGUCAUCUCGUUCCGUCUGUCAGAGGCCGCAAACAUACUGGCCAUCGCCAUGGGCUGCUUGGACCUCCUGCCUCCACAGUUUGGUGCCGCGUGGCUAGCCAUCAUGGGAUUGCUGCAUCAAACUUUAGCAUCGUCGCAAAGCGAUCGGUGGCGUUCAAAUCUGUCAGCAAAGUCGAUGUGGUGCCGCCGUAUGAUGCGGGAUGGAUUACCUCCGCCAGUGAUUCGAGUUACUACAUUCUGCUAUGCCUUGCCUAAAGCCAUGGACAAUAAUAAUGGCUUUCCUCUUAAGUUGGCGUGCCAUGUGUCUCCCUACCUCUUGCCUGAGAAACAUUCUAGCCAGUUUAUGCAGGUUGAACAGAAUGUGAUCUUGGAGACGAUGCUGCCCAAAGUUGAAGAAGGUUUCUAUGAUGACCAGAGACAAGCACCGGUAAAGUGCAAAAGGGAGAUCUGGUGCCCUCAAAGCGCAAUGUAUUGCUCAGUUGCUCCAGAGAUUACACAGCCAAUGACCAUGUCAAAAGCAUACCUGAUGGAAAAUUCUACCGCCCCUAUCAACAGGAAGAAGCGGAGGAGGAAAUCCCACGCCAUGUCAAAGUAA